CUUGUCUCUCGUUCCUUUACCAUUCUUGUUCUUAUUUCCACCCAACCUCGUUAGCUAGGCUAGGUUUGUCCUUGUGUCAAUACAUUAUCUUCUAACUUAAACAUAAUAUCGCUGGUGUAUACAAAGAGAUAUCCGACUUUCCUACACAAUGUCUCGUCCUGGCACCACGCUCUAUGUCACCGGUUUCGGGCACGGAACUCGAGCUCGCGACCUUGCCUACGAAUUCGAACGUUACGGGCGCCUUGUCCGGUGCGACAUUCCAGCACCACGUACUCCUUCCAGCAGACUUUUUGCCUUCGUGGAGUAUGAGAGCCGUCGUGAUGCCGAUGAUGCAUAUCAUGAAAUGCAUAACAAACGAAUUGGACGGGAUGAUUUAUUGAAAAUUGAAUGGGCUCGCACUCCGCCAUCUGCAUCUUGGAGGUUUGAUUCUGGCCGAGACCGUCGGCGCGAUCGUACACCGCCACGCCGUGGUCGUUCACCGUCACCUCGCCGUGCCCGCGGCGAUUAUUCUCCUCGUAGGGACGACAGGUACGAACGGGAAUACGACCGACAUGAUCGUGAUUAUGACCGCCGCGACCGGGAUUAUGACCGCCGCGACCGUGACUAUGAUCGCCGCGACCGUGACCGCGAACGCUCUCGUGACCGUUCUCGCAGCCCUGACGAGAGAGAGCGUGAUAUCAAGGAUGAUAGGGAACGCCGUGACGAUGAACGUGAACGCCGUGACGAUGAGCGUGAGAAUGGCCCGAAUGGUGAAGACAGAAAAGUCCUUCUAGACCCUUUAACUUCUGCCCAUGAUGAACUUGACACUGCUGAGUAGGUUACCUUCAUUCCAAAUUUAUGGUACUAGCACCCUGUUGGUUGUCAUGGUCUGAGCCGUGGAGACCGAAGAAAAAGCAAAGGAAAAAAAAAAAAAGGAAUGCAGAA